CCUUAAUCUCUCAUUUAUUUUCUUCUUUGAUCUUUCUCUCCUCACAAGAGGGAAAGAUCUUCAUUUCUUGUCAUAUUUUUCUUCCUCGGUUGUUCUUCCUACCAUGGGUGCCUGUGCCACCAAGCCUAAGGCCAAGGUUGAUACGGCCGUCAUCCCUGCACCCGAGCGUGUUGACGACAUGGUGAAGAACACCGAGGAAGUUAAGGUCGUGGAAGACGAGAAGAGGGUCGAUGAUGUAAUUGAUGAAAAGAAGAAGGACGACACCGAGAAAGUUGUCGUUGAGGAAGCCAAGCCUCCAUCUCUCGACUCCGCCAAGCCUACGUCUCUCGACUCCGCCAAGCCUACGUCUCUCGACUCCGCCAAGCCUCGGUCUCUCGACUCCGCCAAGCCUCGGUCUCUCGACUCCGCCAAGCCUCGGUCUCUCGACUCCGCCAAGCCUCGGUCUCUCGACUCCGCCAAGCCUCGGUCUCUCGACUCCGCCAAGCCUCGGUCUCUCGACUCCGCCAAGCCUCGGUCUCUCGACUCCGCCAAGCCUCGGUCUCUCGACUCCGCCAAGCCUCGGUCUCUCGACUCCGCCAAGCCUCGGUCUCUCGACUCCGCCAAGCCUCGGUCUCUCGACUCCGCCAAGCCUCGGUCUCUCGACUCCGCCAAGCCUCGGUCUCUCGACUCCGCCAAGCCUCGGUCUCUCGACUCCGACAAGCCUCGGUCUCUCGAUUCCUUGCUCGUUGAGAAGGAAGCUGAAGUUUCGAGCGUGACGAAGGCGGAGGAGCAGCCACCGAAGGGGGCGGCGGCGGUGACGGGGGCGGAAGAAGUGAAGAAGAGUGAAGAGAAAGCAGCGAAGAAGGAUGAGAAGAGCGCAUGAAGAAAUAAAAGGCAAGCGUUAUUAGUAACAGCGACAACGAAGUUGUUUUAUUGAUCGCUUUAUUGAUCUUAGCUUCUUAGCUAUUCAUUAUUCAAUUUGCGUAAUGUUUUAUGUAAUGGUGUGGGGGUCUGGUCUGUGUUUCCUUUAUCAAAAUAUAGUAAUUAAAAGUAUAUUGAAGCCUAUUAAUUAAUAGCAUGAUAUUGUCCA